AUGAAGGUGGGGCGGAAGAAAGGGCCGCCAAAUUUCGAUGGCNUACCAUAUCCACCGCCGCAAGUUUCAAGCCGGGCUAAGAGGCACGGCAGUUCCUCCUGUGAUACUCCAGGACAUCAAAUCAUCCAAUAUUUUGAUGGAUCAAUCUAUGAGAGCCAGGCAGUUCACCGUGGAAUUUCAUACUCAGCAUGGAAUAUAUGCAGGAAGCUGAUUUUGGGCUUUCAAGGGAAGAGAUCGAUGAAUACUGAAGGAAAAGUGGGAUGGGAAGAAAUUGUAGACCCUCUUCUUGAUGGGAAAUUCGAUGUCCAAGAACUCAAUGAGGUGGCUGCUCUUGCAUUCAAAUGUGUCAAUCGUAUCCCAAGAAGAAGGUCAUCGAUGAGGGACACUGUGCAGGUCAUUGUGCAAAGAGGGAUUUGCAAUUUCCUUGAAGAAGAGGGCCUGGGGGUGGCAUGGGGAUUCAUUGAGCUAAUUUGGAGUUUAUCUGCUGCAGCAGAAACACCUCUUUGGAGCAGCUUACUGACAAGUGGAUCACUGGGAAGAUUGCUUGCACCUCGUCGAUAUAACUUCAAGGAUGACAUGGAGAUAUUUUCUCCACUAUUGGAAGUUCAACCAAAUACUUAUACAUUUGAUCAGUUGUGGGAUGCUAAGGGUUCAAAGAAAGAUUUUGAUUACAAUUCAUCUACUUCGUUCCCUUCUGCGAGUUUUUCUCUUUCAGAGGAAGGAGGUGGUCGUGAUAGCCAUCCAAUUUUUGACUGGAAAUCUCCUUCAACAUCUAAGCAGAUUGGAAGUACUACCAAGAAGCCUGAACGUUCCUGCUGUUCUAGGCUUAAGACCGUGCUGAAAAUAGAAGCUGAGUAUCUCUGUGAAGCUUUUAAGAAUAGCGCACAGUUGGGAAUCACGCUUAAUGUCACCAAGGCCUUGAUUCUGCCUGUCGCCUGCCAUGUCUCUUCCCUUUCUGUUAGCAACUGUGGCCUGAGGCCGCUGAGCAUGAUAGCUAGAAAAGCAUGGGCACUAAAAUAA